GCGACACUAGGUGCCCUCAGUUGCAUAACUAUGAAAUCCAUAGAGAGAUGGCACCACUGUUGCCCGGGUAUAUAUAUGGGUGCUCGCAUGAAUAAAGGGUCUUGCGUCUGGUGUGAUAUGGGUUGACAUCUGUCUCGUUCUUCUGCUGGCCAACACUACAAUUUGGCGACGAGGAUGGGAUCCGCUGCACUUUCGCCGCCGCCGCUAUUCCUCGCUACCCCGGGCACUCCAGCCAUUCCAUGGCCCCGCUGGAUACGCCUCUUCGAGAACUUCCUUCUCGCUUUUGGAGCUGCCGACCUGCCUGCGUCCCGCCGCCGAGCUCUUUUGCUACACUGCUUGGGGCCGGAAGGACAACGCAUCUUCGAUGCACUUCCAUCGCCAACUGCGCCGAACGAAGCUGCUUCAGCCACGCUCUCCGAGCAAGACGCCACAGCGACUAGUUCCCCAGGCACAUACGACGUGGCCCGCGAGACGCUGGCUCGACAUUUUGCCGACACGCGCAACGUUCGGCUGGAACGCAACCACUUCCGCGAACGCCGCCAGCUACACGGUGAGUGCAUCUCUGACUUCGCCCUCGCGCUUCGAGAACUGGCUGCCUCUUGCAAUUUCGGCGAGCAAGCAAACGAAAACAUGUGCGAUCAGUUCAUCACUGGCGUUGCAUCUCCGCAGUUACGUUCACGAUUGUUAUUGGAAGGAGACGCACUGACUUUCGAUCGUGCCGUCGAAAUUGUGCUACUUCGUGAGCGAGCUCAGCUCGAGUCUGAAGCUUUUGCUAACUCCAUUCAGCGCAUCAUACAACAGCCACGCCAACGUGACGCUUUUGGAAUGGCCAGACAAGAUAACCGGCGUUUCAGCGACAAUGGCACGUGCGUCCCAAGUCAAGCCCGCGUUCGUCAUGCUCUCCCGCCAACUUCAGACGCGGCCACCGCCGUUGUUCCGUACAGCGGAAAUUCAGGUGUCUGCGGUAAUUGCGGCACAGCAGGUUGCGAGCCGUCUGUGUGCCCCGCUCGCGGUAAGACCUGCUUCGCAUGCGGCCGCUGUGGCCACUUCAUGCGAGUCUGCCGUAGCAGCCGCAGCGCACGAGGACGACGCCCGGCUCGCGUCCGUGAAGUAGUUUCUGAACAGGACACGUCAGACGCCAUCAGCAUUCUCACUGUUUUCGAAGAUAAGCCCACGGGUGUCUACAUUGAAGUGGCACUCACGCCAAUCAACUCCAAAUCGCAACCGCGCGUUGUGAAGUUCUUGGUCGACACUGGAUCCGCUGUGUCAAUUAUACGGGAACAAGAAUUCCGAAGCGUGUUCGAAGACAGCAUACAAUUGACCAGCUCUAAGCUUACUUUGUUGGACUUCCAAGGCCGGAAGAUUCCUGUGCUGGGACAAUUUAAAGCUGGAAUCUCGUACAAGGAAAAAACGGCCGUUAUAGCAAUUCAUGUCGCACCCGGAGGGACUUCUCUUCUUGGUCUGGACGCUGUGCAAGCUCUAGAGCUACAUAUUGUGGGUGCACAGCUACGUUGCCUGCACACGGCUGCCGAAGAAGGUUCAGGUGCCAUGCUGGACGGAGCAGCCAAAACGGCACAGGAACAGCACAGCCCGCUAAGUCCACCAAAGUUCGGUAUGCCAGCUUUGCUAUGGGCAAAAUUUUGCCAUUUGUUCUCACCAGGCCUUGGCAUUGCCAAGGGCAUUCAGCACAAGGUCAAGAUAAAGUCGUCAGCCUCUCCAGUCGUGCAAAAGCUCAGACGUUUCCCACUUUCUCUGCGCAAGCCGGUUAGCGACCAGCUUGAGCAUCUUCUUUCUGAUGAUGUCAUUGAAAGGGUUAACGCUUCCGAGUGGGUUUCUCCUAUCGUUGUAGUCCGCAAGAAGGACGACAACACAGAAGAUGGCCUUCAGAUUGAAGAGGAAGUUGUGUCUCUGGUCACAUCUUCAGUUCAUGUCAAUGACCUUCGACUUGCUACAGCCGAGGAUUGCAAACUCCAGGAGGUUGUUCAUUUUGUUCAGACAUCAUGGCCAGCGAAGAAAUAUUUGACUGCUGAACUGACUCCUUACUAUGAGGUCCGGCAGGAAUUGUCAAUAGCAGAUGGUCUGCUUAUGCGCUCGGAGCGUAUUGUGGUUCCAGCCAAGCUCACUGCUACGUUUAUUCAGCUUGCCCAUGAAUCGCACCCGGGAAUUGUGAAGACCAAGCAACAUCUUCGUGAAAAGUACUGGUAG